AUGGACACAUGGCCACUGGAACCAGAGGAGAGCGACGAAACGGAACCGGCUGACCUCAGUACACCGGCGUUCUUUAAGCUCGCAGAAUUCGGUCCGUUCGAUAACGAGAACACGCUGCAUUUGGAGAUUCUGCAGACAAUCUACAGGAAACUCACGAACACUGUGUAUGACUGCCCGAGGUACGGCAGUCAUUGGGAGAGAAUCGGGUUCCAAGGAAACGACCCGGCUACUGACUUGAGGGGCGUCGGUCUACUUGGUAUACUGCACCUUCUCUUCUUGACUACAGGCUUUGGGAACAUAGAACUCGUUAACGACAUUUACAGCCUUUCCCGAGAUCGAGAACAGAACUUCCCAUUUGCCCUGAUGAGCCUCAACAUCACGAAGGUGUCCAUAGAGGCACUGAGGGAGGAGGUACUGAACAGGUGCUGCAAUGAAAGAAAUGACGUCACGGAUGUUGUGAACGAGUUUUACGCUGGCACAUUUUUGCUGCUCUACCUGUCUUGGAAGAACAAAAAGCUAACGAUUAAAGAUUCCGGGUUCAUUUUGAAAGAGACAUCGUUUCUCGCAAAGAAGAAACCCGGAUACGUGCUUCAGAAUUUGAUGGACUACCAGGAGGAGCAGAGUUCUUUGACGACUUCGCAGGUGUUCACGAAUUUGGCGGCAAUUGAAGCUCAGUGAGGCAACCCCAAGUCUGCCAAUUACCACUUACCAUGGCGACCACCUUGGUAGGGCCACAUAUGCUCCACAUAAAGAGCCGUAUGUGAGGAAUGGUGCGGCCCAAACAAUGAACGUACAGUGUAAGUAUACCGUUAAAAGAAAAUAAAAAAAAGAAAGAAAAAAAAAAGGGGGGGGGGGGAGAAAGAAGAAGACAGCCGUGUGCGUAUGCAACUACUGAGCAUUUUGUGUCGCAAAUGCGCUUACAAGCGUGUUUAUGUGUCACUUCGUAUCAAGGAAGUUGUUUUUUAUGCAGAAAUAAUAAAAACAAGCAUCAAGU